UUCUUAAAAUGGUCUUUACAUCACAGGUCGAAUAGAGAAGUACUCAGAUGAAUGAGAAUCAGGAGCCACCAAGUCGCCGUGUGAAGCAUAGCCAGUACCCUCAAGAAUUUCACAAUCCAUUGGGGAAGAUGGUUCAAUAAAUUCUUUGUGUUUUUUUUUUUUUUUCUGCUAUUCUACAGACUGCAUUGCAUGUCUGCCAUUUUCAAUUUUCAGAGUCUGUUGACUGUAAUCUUGCUGCUUAUAUGUACCUGUGCUUAUAUCCGAUCCUUGGCACCCACCAUCCUGGACAGAAAUAAAACCGGACUGCUGGGCAUAUUUUGGAAGUGCGCCAGAAUCGGUGAACGGAAGAGUCCUUAUGUAGCAGUAUGCUGUGUAGUAAUGGCCUUCAGUAUCCUCUUCAUGCAGUAAUCCAGGAAAAUGCCGGAAGUUAGUUGUCAACAGAUUUCAACAUGGAAAGAAGGAAGGAAGGAAGGAAGGAAGGAAGGAAGGAAAGAAAGAAAGAAAGAAAGAAAGAAGGAAGAAAGAAAAAAAACUUAUAGAAAAUAAUCAGAAGAAUGGUUUACCCUUUUAUCUCUGAAUACUGAAUGAGAGACAUUUCUAGCUUCUGUUCUCUAUCCGUAUGUUAUUGGACCGAUGUUCUGUAUAAUUAGAAUGGAACUAAAGAGUUUAAUAUGUCUGUAAUAAUCAACCUCAGAACAACUGUCACAUUCUGCAACUCAUUCUCUUGUGUCCGGCCGGUACCCAAUCUUCGGUAUCUGAGGCACAUAAUGGAAAACAGAACUGGUAAAUCACUCAAGUUCCAUUCACUGGUUUGGAAAUGAUGAACCUUUAUAUAGUGAGACACGGCAAAGACUGUAUUUUAAUGCUUUCCUCUGGCCAGUCACAGUUUGAGCAUUAACCAGAGUACUUCUACUCUAACCAAACUCUGUGUCUUAUUAAAGGUAUUUAAACUCUAAAAUGAGUUCAUGAGGAGAACUAAAAUAAAUGUAGUUGAAGAGUAUUGGGGAAAUGUUCCUAUUUAACAUAAAGGAGUUUUUCUAGCUGACUGGUGCCAUAGCCUAAAAAAACCUCUCUGGUCAAGUUUGUCUAAGCGUCUUACCUUUUUGUUCUCUGAAAAGGACUGGUUUUAGAAUGAAAAGCACAUAAAGAGAACAAUUACAGUAUGACAAUUCUGUCUGUGUUUCAUUCUUAUAUCAGGUCUUCAGAAAUGUAGCACUUUAAGUCAGAUCUUUGUUUUGUUUGUCACUCUGAACUGGAACCUCGCCUGUAUUUUAGUAGUGGAUGAUAAAACAGUUUUCAAAUCGA